AUGAGUAACUCCUUCGACUCUUCUUUCCAAGAACCAAAUGACAUGGAUUACGAAUACGAAUUACAGUCAGAGAUGCCGGCUCCCUCUCCCAUGUCACUCAAUGGCAGACAGUUCACUGUGAACUUAAAGCCACCCAUGAGCCAGAAUACCAAAUCAGCCAUUGGUAACGCGCACUCUCAAGUCAAGGCUCCUAAACAGUCUAUUCUGGACUCGACCACCCCGCUUGCUGUCAGACUUCAGAAUCUGAAGUUGGGUAAACAUCAUGCAACUUCUCAAACUGCCGACAAGGCUUCUUUCGACCUCGAUCUUGCAGAAGAUCUGGAAAAGGACUUCGAAGACGCUUGGAAUGAGCAAAGUGGCGAUGGCGACGAUGGGAGCAUGGUCGUAGAGCGCAACACCCCAAAAUCAAAUCGUCGACCCAAGCAGACAACCUCACACCAAAAAUCGAAGCCAAGAGUUCAGCCUGUAAUUGAUGCAGGACCAACAAUUAUUUGCCGCCAAUGCAAGAUGGCCUACAGAUACAGACUUUCAGAAACCUGGGCACCCGGUCAACGCCCACCAAGACUAGUUACACCUUACUCCAAGAAAACCCAAUCGCAUCUGCACAUUGCCACGUGUGUAAACUGCUCUUUUGGAACUUGUCUCGCUUGUGGUGAGGCUCCGCACCUGAAGCAAUGCACCUUCUCCGAUACUCGUGUCGCUUGGUACGCUCUAUGCUCGGUCGACGAGGCCGUGAUUAGCUAUCGUCAAACUUCUCCAUAUCUCACAUCGCUUCACAACGCCAGAGAUGUGCAACCCGUGCUCCUCCAAGCCCUAACAACUCUCAACGCCACGGUAUCUCGAAAUGGGACGUCUACAUUCGGGUUCGACCAACUUCUCCGCAAAAGUAUGCUUCUCGACCUCAUUGCAGAUAUCAUGCGAGACACGACCGUCGAAAACAUCGAACUCUCCCCGCUUCUAAUCCAAACCUGGGAGCUAGUAAAUAUGGUCGCAAAGCACAGUGAGCUACGGGAUACACUCUUCGAGCAGCGACAGACGCUGAAGGAGACAUCGCUCGGUCUUCGGAAGUUAGUUUUUCCACUGGUACUUCUCCCAGUCCGUCAAUCGUCGAACAUAAAUCCAAGCAAUCGCCCGGUUGGAACGUACAGCUGCUGGUCAUUGUUGCAGAGAUGCAGUGAAGUCGCCAAGCAAUAUAUUCACGCGAAUCACGAUGAUGUUUGGUCUGCAGCCACGCUGGCACAGAGAGUUAUCGAGGUGUAUGAGAUCAUGGCGAGCAAAGUCCCAUCGAAACCACUUCUUCCCGAGAAGACACACUCGACUCAGCACCUGGAAGUAUUUGCGGCUGGGUUGCGAGACUUGUACAGGAUUGGAACGCUUCGGAACACACAAGAGAACAAAAUCGAUGUUCAGGGAAAGACGGACAGUGAAUCACCGCAGAAAAAGCGUGGACGAAAGAGGGAAGCGGGUCAAGGGCAGGGCCAAGAUCAGGGCAUGGCUGAUAGGGGAGGAAAGAGACAGAAAGUUGUUAGCAUAUAG